AUCUUUAAUGCAAUGCGAGAAUUAAGAUCACAUCACUAAAUGCCAUUGGCUGUUCCGUAUAAAUACAAAAAUAUCCCUGUCAUGCUUCUUCAAUACUUAAGUUAUAUGAGGGACGACGAUGUUUGGCUCACUCGUCUUUCCAGAUCAUCCUUAAUCAACUAAUCUCCAUUUUCAAACAACCCCCUAAAACCCACUCUUCGCACCAACAUUAUUUCCCCCCCCCUUCUUCUAGGAAACUCUAGUCGAUUCCUGCGAGUCGCCCCCCACAUCCUGCGCGAAACGCCGUGAAGUGUGAAAGAGGGGACAAUUAUUGGUAGGGCGCAAGAAUGGCCGAUAGUGAUCGGAAGCGCCCGCAGUCCGACGAUCUCCAACCGUCACCUGCAUCCGAUGCGCUUUCGCCCUCGAAACGGACUAGGGGGUCUUCCAAUCAAAAUGACAACUUGAGCGACGAAGUAGACGACGGGCGCAUAUUCUUGGUGGCCCUGCGCAACAAGGCCAAGAACGUCCAGACCUCUGCCAACAAAAAUGAUAGCGAUAGUGAUGAUGACGAUUACACCUCAUCCUCUGGGAGUGACAGUGACGAAGACGACACCGAGGAUGACGAUGAGGAAGAGGAGCAAAAGUGUGAUGUAAAUAGUGACCAUGGCUCCGAUCACUCUUUACCACGCAUACCUGCUAGACAAAAACCUCAAAUAUAUCGUAUCGAGAAGAAACCCGACAUUCUCUCCCGGUUGUCUGCCUUCCUACCCCAAAUGAAAAGCUCCAAUGAUGAACUACAACGAGAGAUAGAUGCCGGAAGAGCGAAGGACCUAAUGUUGGACGCUGUGGAUGACCAAACGGAUGGUCAGUACAUUGAGAUGAAUUUGGGACUAGGCGUUCUAGAAGAGAAACGCCCCGACGACGCCGUAGCUCCUGGCGAAAAGAACGACGGUUCGGAAGCAAGCCCUGCAUGCAGCCACGCAGGAUCACACCCUACUGCACAAACCGACUCGAACGUAUUGGGAACCCUGAUGGGGAACAAUGAUUCUACAACAUCAAAGAAACCAACCAUUGUGGAAAUGAACGAAUGAAAAUCAGUAUACGUGGGGUUGGAUUGCAUGGACUGGCGCUUACGGAUGUGAUAUCACACGUUGGAUGAGCUUCUGGUGUGUACUCAACUUAUUGUAGGAUAUUCCUUGCCUUUUGAUGGAUCUAAAAGUUUGAAAAUUUUUUUGCCCCAUUGUCAUCGCUACAUAGAACCUGAAUCUUCUACAGAUGUCCCGAAAGAUAAUCCUAGCAGUAUAGAGGAC